UCAACGUGAAAACAACGUUGAACACCAAAUAGUUGAAGUGGUGUUGUUAACUCACUACUGAUUCAACAUAGAAAUAUCAACAAUUUUUGAGUUGUACGUCAAAUCAACAUUAUUUUUACAACCAUGACUUUUAAACAUUUUGGUGAAAUUUAUCAGUAGAAAAAUAACGUUGUUCCAACAUCCAAACAAUGCUGAUCAAUUAACUGUUGAAAAAGUGUUGAUACAUGAAUAAUGAUAAAACGUUGAAAGAUAAACUCUGAAUUAAACGUUUGUUGAGUCAUUAUAAAAACGCUUUCUACAUCUCCCAGCGUAAUUUGAGAGCAACUCUAGUUUGAUUGAUCAUUUUGGAACGUCGUUCAAUACAAGGGCUUGAUUGGAGGACGGCGGUUGUCCAUCACACAAAGGCGGUGACUAGAACUGAAUUCUAUUGGCUCUGACGGUUCCAGACAACACCCGGUUGCGCAUGCGCGAAUCCAUGGCAGAUUCUCACCUGGACCAGUUCCAUAGACCAGUUCGGACUUGGGGGUAACAGCUCAAACGAGAUUUGGAAUAACACUGAAAGUCUCCUUCAACGACCAGAACAAUGUGGGCCAGAGCGGUGUGGAGAGAGGAGACCAUGGAGAUGGAGGAAGUGAUACCAUCAUGUUGGGUUAAGAAUGGUGGUGUAUUGUGGCCUACACAAGGAGCUGCGAGAGCGUUGAAGGCCUGCAAAGAACCAGAAGAGUCAUGGACGAAAUUCCCGUUAAUAAAAAUUAAGAUUCAGUCAGAUGACAAGAAUGAAUGUGAGAAGUAUGAUUUUACUACAACUGCUGAAUUGAGCGGCUCAGAAGAGGAGUUGCUGACGAAGAGGAGGCCAAAAAAAAAAAAGUAUCCCGACUACCAAAUGGAUGAACCAUCUGUCAAUGAAGACAGUCAAAAGGAAUCUUCUCCAGGUCUUAUGAUAAAGAGUACAGGUGAAAAGGCUACCAAGAAGAUUCGAAAAUGUAUUCCUUGUGAAGAUGACUUUGUUCUUCCACCUCCUCCCAAAAUGACGAAUGCACAGUCUGGUAAUUAUGGCACAACUACCAACACAAUGAAAAGACGCCGCAUCCUGCAUCCUGCAAAUACAAGUAAUGAGAAUCAAGCCAAGAAAAGACUAACAAAAGAUGACUUUGUUCUUCCACCUCCUCCCAAAAUGGCAGAUACACAGUUUGUGUCUAAACCCUCUAAAAACGCAGAAAGAACCCAAAUGGACAUCCCCUCAAGCCCUCAAUCUCGAUCCUUGGCGCACAGUGGUCGCAGGAGUCCCUCUGAGUCUCUUUCUAAUGGUCGAAGAUCAUUCAGCCCUGACCAAGAGAGUCUGUCCAGAUCCCUUUCUCAGAGACAGCGUGGGGGUUCCUCAGGGUCUUCCACUCAUGGACGGAGAUCAUUCAGCCCUGACCAAGAGAGUCUGUCUAGAUCCCUUUCUCAGAGACAGCGUGGGGGUUCCUCAGGGUCUUCCACUCAUGGACGGAGAUCAUUCAGCCCUGACCAAGAGAGUCUGUCUAGAUCCCUUUCUCAGAGACAGCGUGGGGGUUCCUCAGGGUCUUCCACUCAUGGACGGAGCCGUAGCCGAAGGAGUCUGUUCAAGUCACUUUUGCAGAAACGGGGGUGGAGUUCCUCAGAGUCCUUCUCACGGCGUCAGAAUGCUUCUGAACCCACAAGGAGCAGUAAGAGUGACACCCCAAGAACGACUAUCGACCGAAGCCUUAGGCAGCCUCCUGAGAAGUCUAUGAGAGCUGAAAGGGAUCCCCCAAAUGCAGCCAAGGCGAUGUCGACGCAUGCACGCUCAAACAAAUUGAGGAAGGAAGACUUCCCGAUGUCUGAAAAAAAAUUCCAGAAGAGAGUUCUUCAGCUCCUUGUCGAAAUCAAGGAUACAAUUCACGUUGCCACCUCAUCUGCUGGAACAAGUUAUGAAGUGAAGCCGGCAAACACUGAAGAAGAGCUCGAAGCUUUAGAGAAUCGCCUGGAGAACAAGAAUGAGGGAGCAGAACUGAGUAAAUGUCUGAAGAGGUUGGGAGGCGUUGAUGCUGCAGACCAUGUGAAGAAGUCAAUGGCUGCAACUAUGACAAAUAAAAUGAUGGCCAUAAUGAGCCUCAGAGGAAGAAGUGGGAAGGUUGCCUUCAUGAAGACCCGUCUCUACAAGAUAAUCUGUGACGCUGUCUUGAGUUCAUUUGAUACAACUACAACAAAAGUAGACGAAUACAUGGCCAAAUACUUGAAAUAUGCACCAGAGAGGAUGGGUGGCGGUGGCAGAAAGAAGUAACAAGAAGAUUUUACCAGCCGUGUUCAGUGUUGCCCAAUGUUUGGGCCGUUUUUCUAAAGGUUAAAGUUCGACACGUAAAAUGAUGUUGUGUGAAAUGUUGGCACACUUGCAGUCAUUGUAAUAAAGCAGCAAAGUUUCUUACGUCA